UGUCCAUCUCGGGGGGAUAACUAUCUUUACGCUGUGACUGUUUACUCUUCGGUUGUUUACUUUCUCGUUUCACACCGAGCUCGUGACUAAAAAAAAGUCAUUUCUUAAACAACCGUUUAACGUUAAUCGUUAUAAAAAGCUGCGCUGGAAGCUGAGCCGUUAAACAAACCACAGACGUAAACUAACGGACACAGAGCGACUUUUUGUCGGUUUUUAGCAGGUUUUACGUCAUAUCAGCUGUUAGCUAACGUCUUGUUAGCCGUUAGCUUACGUGUUUUUAGCCGUUUGCUUACGUAUUGUUAGCCGUGUAUAUAUGUAUGGUUAACCGUUAGCUUACGUGCUUUUAGCCGUUAGCUUACGUGUUGUUAGCCGUGUAUAUAUCUAUGGUUAGCCGUUAGCUUCCGUGUUGUUAGCCGUUAGCUAACUGAGCGGUUGUUCCGGAGGAGCUUCAGGCCGCUGUAGCUGCUGCAGAGGUCAUCAGCUCCGAGACGAUGGCGAACCCUCUGAGGGCCGAAGUGGUCCGACUCUAUAAAAACCUGCUGUACCUGGGCCGGGAGUACCCUAAAGGCGGCGAGUACUUCAGGGCCCGCCUGCGAGCAGCGUUCUCUAAGAACCGGUGCGUUCAGGAGCCCGAGAAGAUCCGGGAGCUGAUCUCUCGGGGAGAGUUCGUGGCCAGAGAGCUGGAGGCGCUCUACUACCUGAGGAAGUACCGCGCCAUGAAGAAACGCUACUACGAGGAAUAAAACCACUCAGAGACCCAGAGACCAUGGGGGGGCCUUCAAGAACCUGCUACGCUGGUACUGAUCCGGUUCCUUAAGAAAUUUGGGUUUUGUUCAACAGAAAUGUCAAAUAAAGUAACGUGGACGGUUCCCUCCAGCGCUGUUCACACGUUAAAUACAUGAUCAGUUCACGACCUUCA